GCCUCUUUGCGACUCUGACGUACGACCAACGUCUCCGUGGUAACUCGACCGGCCCGUGAACCGUUAACCGAGCUGGCUCAACGAAGGGGACCGGGGAUUGUGUUGUAAGUGUUUAGGAUCCAAGUCCAUCUGCGAGUGGCGAAGGAUUGGGCGGCGCAUUACUGCGGCGGAGAGCUCGUGUCAGAGCGUCAAAAUGCUGAAUAUGUGGAAAGUCAGGGAGCUGGUGGACAAAGCCACCAACGUGGUAAUGAACUACUCAGAGAUCGAGUCCAAGGUGAGGGAGGCCACCAACGAUGACCCCUGGGGACCUUCAGGACAGCUGAUGGGGGAGAUCGCCAAGUCCACCUUUAUGUAUGAGCAGUUCCCUGAGGUGAUGAACAUGUUGUGGACCCGGAUGUUGAAGGACAACAAGAAGAACUGGAGGAGGGUUUACAAGGCUCUGCUGCUGCUGGCCUACCUGAUCAGAAACGGCUCCGAGAGGGUAGUGACCAGCGCCCGGGAACACAUCUAUGACCUGCGCUCCCUGGAGAACUACCACUUCAUAGACGAGAGUGGGAAAGACCAGGGCAUCAACGUGCGUCAGAAGGUGAAGGAGAUGGUGGAAUUUGUGCAGGAUGAUGAUCGUCUGAGAGAGGAGAGGAAGAAGGCCAAGAAGAACAAGGACAAGUACAUAGGAGUGUCCUCAAACAGUACGGGAGGGGGCUUCAAGACCUCAUCCGAGUGUCUGGAGGGCGAGUCCAAGGGAAAGUGGGAGGAGGACUGGGAUAAGAGCAAGGGGGCAUUCCCCUUCAGCGAGAAGCUUGGAGAGAUCAGUGAUAAGAUCGGCAGCACCAUCGAUGACACCAUCAACAAGUUCAGGAAGAAGGACCGAGACGAUUCCCCAGACAGACUCAGUGAUGGUGAGGAUGACCGCGCCUCCAGGAACGGCCGGACGGGGAAGCUGGAGUUCAAAGACGAGGAGGAAACCGUGACGACCAAGAGCAUCCAGAUCACCCAGGCAACGGAGACAACCACCACCACCACGCGCAAGCGAGGUGGAGUUCCCUCCAAGACGGUGGACCUGGGCGCCGCCGCACACUACACUGGGGACGGGGGCAGCCCUGUGGCUGAGAACGGCAAGUCGUCGGUCAGCCAGUCAUCCAGUAGUGGCCUUGCAGACCUGCUGAUGGUGGACCCUGGCUCCACUACCACUGCUCCUACAGGUGGAACCUCAGACCUCAUCGGGGGCUUUGCAGACUUCUCCUCACCAGCUGCCUCUGCCAGCCUGCCCUCUUCUGUAGCUGCGCCGACCAAUAUGAACGGAGAGUUUGGCGACUGGAACGCCUUCUCCACCAGCCCUUCCGCCCCUGUAAAAAACGCUAUCACAGACCUGUUCGGCAGUGUCCAAUCAGCUCCAGCUCCCGCCUCCAACCCUGCCCCUCCUUCAGCAGACCUGUUUGACCUGAUGUGCGGGGCUAAUCACCACGCCAUGCUCAGUGCCUCUCAGAGCAUGACGUUCACUGUGGGUGGAGCCAGCAGUGGGCCCUGCCUCCCUCUGUCACACUCCCAUCAGAGUUUCGGGGCGUUGCAGGGCGUCGGUCUUCACACCCAGCAGCACAUGGGGCUGCAGAAGCCUGGAGGUCAGGGGUCACUGCCCUCCACCUGGUCUGACCCCAGCGUCAACAUCAACCUGGACUUCCUAUCAGCUGGUCUAGGAGAAAAGAACUCCCAGCCCAGCCUCAAUAACAUUAUCCAACAACAAGGCGUUCAGCCGCCCGUCAACCUGACCCAUGGCUUUGGGGGCCUAACCCUGAACGCACCACCUUCCAUAACACCCAUCAGGCCAUCCACAAAUCCCAUAAUGGCUAUGGGCAUGCCUGCCUCCAUGGCAACCGGGACCAUGGGGGUGGUCGGGAUGCCCGUGAACCCGGGGAUGAUGGGAUUGAACAUGAGCAUGGGGGUGGCGCCCACUGGCAUGGGUAUGCCAGGCAUGGGCAUGGCGCCAACCCUCAACACCGACAUGAUGACACCCAAACCAGACGCCUUCGCCAACUUUGGCAACUUUGGCAAAUGAGAAGACUGAGGGGGGAGAAGCCAAGAUGGAAGGAUGGAGGAGUCAGUGGUGGGUGGUCAGAGGGGAGGCACAGACUACUGGAACUAAACUAAGUAACAGUGUUACUAUACUCUGCCCCCUACACACACCCUCCACCUUCUCUGGUAGGAUAUGAAGUGCAUAAAUAGUCAGUUUGUUUUGGGCAGGGGGGGGGCGGGUUGGUCUAAUGUCGGAUAAUGUCUAACCCUAACCCCCCGAUGGUCUAAUGUCGGAUUUUGUGAAUGGCUGAGAACACAUACAUUCUAUACUUUUAAAGCAGGAGAAUGACUGCUGGAGAGAAGCUGAGCUGAGUCUUUUCUACAUCCAUGUCUGAGCUGUGAAGAAUUACCUCACAAAACCCAUACCUACCCCACUGUUACGCUCCUAGCUGACGACUACAAUUGAUGGAGAAAAGCUAAAGUCUGACUGUGUGUGUGUGUGUCUGCCUGCCUGCCUGUAGGUAUUGUUGUGUGUGUUCGUGUGUGUGAGAGAGAGAGAGAGAGAGAGAGAGAGAGAGAGAGAGAGAGAGAGAGAGAGAGAGAGAGAGAGAGAGAGAGAGAGAGAGAGAGAGAGAGAGAGAGAGAGAGAGAGAGAGAGAGAGAGAGAGAGAGAGAGAGAGAGAGAGAGAGACAGACAGACAGACAGACAGACAGAGAGAGAGAGACACAGACAGAGAGAGAGAGACACAGACAGAGAGAGAGAGAGACACAGACAGAGAGAGAGAGAGACACAGACAGAGAGAGAGAGAGACACAGACAGAGAGAGAGAGAGACACAGACAGACAGACAGACAGACAGACAGACAGACAGACAGACAGAGUACAUACUGACCUCUGGUGUCCUAAACAAAUAAAUUAUUGUUUUGUGUUGUCAAAGACUUUUUCAGAUGUGAAAGAGGGAGGAAGAGAGCGAUGGUUAGAAGGAUAAAAAGCUAGACGAGAGGCAAAGGGUGGAGCUUUACCAUGGUCCAUGAGCACUUCUGAUUGGUGUAAUAUGUUUCUCUGUCAUGAUCUGUUUGACUCAACUACAGUCACCUGACCUGAGGGCCCUGUUCCAUAAAGCGAGUUUACCCAAUAAGCCAUGCUUAUGUCAGUUAGUUGGACUCAUUUCCAUUUAAUUCUGUUCCAUAAGCCAGCUCAACGUAGUUCGAACUCAGUUACUAUGGCAACUUAUGCUGUGAAACUAACAGUAGCCUACAAUUGCAAAACAAACCUAAAUCCAUACAUCUAUCCUCCAUUUUCCCGACACACAAACCAUGUUAAGUUACCGUAUUUUUCAGAAAUAAAGCUGCGGUUUAUACCUCGAUUUUACAUUUUUCUUGUGGUGGUGAGGCUUAUAUUUCGAAGCGGCUUAUAGAACAUUUUUAUAACAAAACAGGCUUCAAAAUGUACUAAUGAGAAGGCUAACAAGUAACACUAGCCCUUGUGUAACCUUCGGGUCAUUGUGACCCUUCAGUCAUUGUGACCCACCGUCGUGUUGCUACAACUUUACCGAAUACAAAAAUAAAGUGAAGCAUUUUCUUUUAAGCGUUGCGCCGUCUCAGACCCCCUACAGCGCGAAGGUUAAAAGAAAAUGAUUUACAAACACAAAGCUCCCAUUCUGGUGGGGUGCGGUUCAUAGAAAAUGCAACUUAUUUUCCGAAAAAUACAGUAUGGGCUAUUGGAUAAUGUAUUGGUUGAUAGUAUUUAUUUAAAACAAUGUCAAAAAAGUAAAUGUAGACGUGUUUAGAGGUUGAAUUUUUUUAAAUUAAUUAAGUAAAGGCUUAUAAAAAAGGACCUCGACCGACGUCUGUCGUACAUGUCAAUCAUGGUGUGUCAUUUUAUUUUUGAUGAAGUGGUGGAUGAGCUGUCAUAGUAGGCCUACGUGCCAUUAACCCUUGUGUUAUCUUCGGGUCAUUCUGACCCAUCAGUCAUUGUGACCCACCGUCGUAUUGCGACAAAUUUACCUCAUACAAAAACAAAGUGAAGCAUUUUCUUUUAACUGUCGGGCUGUCUCAGACCCCCCACAUUGGAAUGGUUAAAAGAAAAUUAUUUUUAUUUGUUUUUGUAUUGGGUAAAAUUGGGUAAACACAACGAUGGUUCGUUAUGAACCUUUGGGUCAUGUGACCCGAAGGCAGCACGAGGGUUAAAGAGAUUGUUCUUUCGGUCGUGGACAUUGCUUUUUGCCGUGGUGGAUCGAUAUGAUCCAUGUAACUGUCGGGCUGCUUAAGAAUAGGAUGCACCCGCAAUUAUCAUGACUUCUUGAAUCUGAACUGCAUUAGUCGGAUUGCGUGAACUAGAAUUUGCCUUUAUGGGACCGCUUUUGUCCCGACUGACUGUUAUGUUAAUUCAAGUCAGGUUUGGGACUUUUAUCCCAGUUUUUUUGAGCGGCCUUUGUGGAACAGGCCCCAGGUCAUUGGCUCAGGUUCACCUGGUUCUGUUGUGGUUCUAACCAAUCUGGCUUCCAUAUAGAUUCUAUCUGGAAGUGUUAUCUGGAAGCUCUGUGGUUUCUGUGAGUGUGUGUGUGUGUGUGUGUUUUUUCGUUUCUCUCUCCGUUAGCUGUUGUUGACAGUAACAACAGAACAACCUGUCAUGCUCGGAGGCACUACACUCCACAACGACCAAAUCUUUAUUUUGUUACUCUCAAGUUUAUAGCCGUUAGUUUCAUAUUUUAAUGAGCCUACUUAACUGUCAGAUUCUGUUCAUGUAAUAUCUUAUGAAUGGGAAAGGUACUCAAAUGUAUUUGUUUAUGCAAAUGGGGAGAAGGAUAAAACGCCUCAUUCAUAACGUUUAUUUUCUUUACGGUACCGUUUACGUUUGAAUGCAUUUUCUGUACAUCAUUAAAUAUAUCUACAUCA